UCCUGCCCAGAGGACAAGAUGAGGCCGGGCCACCCCUUUCUUUUAGCCCUUCUGCUUUUCAUGGGCCAGGCUGCAGGGGAUUCGGGGGAUUUGGAAUUCCUGGCCCCUACCCCUGGCUCCAGCUCCUUCCUGGACUUUGACUCCAGCUCCAGCCCCACCUUCUUGGCCAACGAAGCUCCCCGAUCCCAGUCACUUUCCAAUUUCACCGGCUCCGUGGAUGACCAUGGGAUCUGCCAGUGCUCCGUUUCCCUGCCAGACACCACCUUUCCCGUGGAGAGAGUGGAACGCUUGGAAUUCACAGCUUACGUUCUUUCCCAGAAGCUUGAGAAAGAGCUUUCUAUAGUGAAGGAAUACGUCCAAUUAAUCAGUGUGUAUGAAAAGAAACUCUUAAACCUAACUGUCCGUAUUGAGAUCAUGGAGAAGGAUACCAUUUCUUACACUGAACUGGACUUUGAGCUGAUCAAGUUGGAAGUGAAGGAGAUGGAGAAAUUGAUCAUUGAGCUGAAGGGGAGUUUUGUUGGAAGCUCAGAAAUUGUUAACCAGCUGGAAGUGGAGAUAAGGAAUAUGAGUCUCCUGGUAGAGAAGCUUGAGUUGCUAGACAAAAACAAUGUCCUUGCCAUUCGCCGAGAAAUUGAGGCGCUAAAGAAAAAGCUGAAGGAGUGUGAGGACUCCAAAGGCCAAGGGUCGCCUACUGCCCCUCCUCCCUCUCCUGGGAGCUGUGGUCACGGUGGAGUGGUGAACAUCAGCAGACCGGCUAUGGUUCAACUCAACUGGAGAGGAUUUUCUUACAAGUAUGGUGCCUGGGGUCGGGAUUACUCUCCCCAGGAUCCAGGAAAUGGGUUGUAUUGGGUGGCACCAUUGAAUACAGAUGCGAAACUGUUGGAAUAUUACAGACUCCAUGACACACUGGAUGACUUGCUAUUGUAUGCAAAUGCUAGACAAAAUCGGAUUACCUAUGGUCAAGGUGGUGGUACAGCAGUUUACAACAACAACAUGUAUGUGAACUGGUAUGACAGCGCGAACAUUGCCAAAAUUAACCUGACCACCAACAAGGUUGCUGUGACUAAAACUCUCCCUAAUGCUGCCUAUAAUAACCGUUUUUCAUAUGCUAAUGUUGCUUGGCAAGAUAUUGACUUGGCUGUGGAUGAGAAUGGGUUGUGGGUGAUUUAUUCAACUGAAGCCAGCACUGGUAACAUGGUGAUUAGUAAACUCAAUGACACCACACUUGAGGUGCUAGACACUUGGUACACCAAGCAGUAUAAACCAUCUGCUUCUAAUGCCUUCAUGGUAUGUGGGGUUCUGUAUGCCACCCGUACUCUGAACACCAAAACAGAAGAGAUUUUUUACUACUAUGACACAAACACAGAGAAAGAGGGCAAGCUAGACAUUCCAAUACAUAAGAUGCAAGAAAACGUGCAGAGCAUUAACUACCAUCCUUUUGACCAGAAACUUUAUGUCUAUAAUGACGGUUACCUUUUGAAUUAUGAUCUGAUCUUCCUGCCGGAACCCCAGUAAGCUGUUUAGGCAUUAGAGUGAAAGAGAAAGAAAAUGUUUGUUGAAAAAAAUAGUCUUCUCUCCUUAUUUAGAUAUCUGCAGGGAAAUCUAAAAGUGUGUUUGUUGAGUAGCAAUAUUUAGGUGCAUAGUUCUACCAUGCUAGAGACCUAGGAUAUUUGCCCUGAUUUAAUGAGUUCUCUCAGGAGCCAUCUGCCUCUUGGGAUGUAUUUCUCAACUGAAACAAGGUCUUUCCAGUGUGGGAUCGUCAGGGGUCUUAGGGACAUUAUGGGUUCAAUGAAGCCUACAGUAAUGUGACAUCUGGAAAUUAAGGAAUUUAAGAGAACUUAGUAUGGCUUCUGGGGAUUCUUUGCACAAGAGAGAUUGCUCAAUGACUGGUCCUCAAUUCCAUAACCCUGCAAGCUCUUCCAUGCUGGAAGGAAUCUGGGGCCUAAUUAGUCAGAUUAAUAUCUGGACCACCUUGAGGGACCAAAUCUCCAGCUUUGUUUUUCUUACCAGCUCCUGGAAUGAUGCUUUAUACAUAGCACAUGAGUAAAUUUGGCGUACUUAUAUUAUAUCUGUAAAAUGCUCCGCGUUUUCAGGAGAAAGGCCCUUUUAUGCAUUAAGUUGUACACUGCAAAUAAAUCCCAGAAGGAUCUGCAGAUGAGGCACCUGAUUUUCUUUCUUUUCUUUCAUUUUCGCCUUCAUUAGAAACUCAGUAGAACCCUCUACCUCAUAACUUCAUUCCAAAGGCAGCUCAGAAGAUUAGAAUCAGACUUAUCAACCAAUUCCCCCUACCCCCUUUCUACCGCUUGCUUUAAGAAAAAAUUAACUAGUUUUCUAUGGAACAAAUAUAAGAUUAAAAAAUUCAUUUUCUUUUAUCUCAUCAUGAACUUUUAUUUACAUGGUUCUAAGACUAUAAGAAAAUCAGAUGGCAGUGAUAAAAUGAUGACACUUCUGGUUAUAUAAUAAAGACCUUGGAGCAUAUGUGAGACUUGUAUUAAAUCAUAUCAAUUGUUUCAUGUAAUUUUUGUCUUUGUUUAAGUCUGGAACUUGUCAGAAAGUGAAAAUUUAUUUUUUUUCUAGGAAGAGAUGUAGAAAAGCCAUUGAAAGUAUCUAGUAAAUCAGUGCAGUAGCUGAAAACCUUGCAGGGGUGUGUGCUUCUGUUUAGAUGGCUUUAUCAUCUGGUGCUGGUCUAUUUUGCUUUCAUGGUCAAAUCCUAGUGUGUAAGACUGGCUCCCAGAAUCCUUUA